AUGCGAUACCGAGUAGACCUCUUCCUUUGGUCGUUCUUAACUUUCUUGCUUAAAGAAUGUUUAGGAGAAGAAAAUGUGACUGCAGAAAAUAUAACAUCAUUGAGGAAGUCUUUACUGCGGAACUACGACCCUUAUAUACGACCCCGGAAAAACCAAGCUGACCCAGUGAUCAUUAAAGCUUCUUUUUACGUCCAUCGCUUCAACGAUAUAAAUGAAAAGGAGGAAACUGUUACCUUGCUUGGCAUCUUAAGGAUUCUUUGGAAUGAUGAAUUCCUAGUCUGGAACAAAGAACAGUAUUCCAAUAUAAGUAGCAUAGAGUUCAGAACAAGUGACAUAUGGUGGCCCACGAUUGCUUUAGGGAAUCCUGUCGGAGAUUUUGAGACUUUUCAGAAUCCUUACAAGAUUUUUCGCGUCUCAUCUUCUGGAGAAAUUGAGUGGUAUCCUGCCGGGUUAUAUUCAGUUGUCUGUGAGCUGAAUUUAAAGAAGUACCCUUUUGAUACACAAACAUGUGAUUUUAUUUUCUCUAUUCUUGGAUACCCUUACGAUGAUGUUAUAAUCAAUGCGGAACCUAGUGUUUUGGAGGUACGGGGAACAACCGAGUGGAAAGUUGAGGCCGGCAGAGUUUCUGGUAUGCCUUACGGGAAGACUGGCCUGACUGCUAGCUUCACAUUACGAAGAAAACCAUUUUUUGUGGUUCUGACGGUGUUGUUGCCACUCUCUUUGCUGUCUGUGAUGAAUUUGUUUGUCUUUCUUAUUCCUGUAGAGUCUGGCGAGAAAAUAUCUUUUGCAAUCACCACAUUCCUGGCUUACUCGAUAUACUUGUCGGCCAUUGGAUCCUCUCUCCCUGCCAAAGACAACGUACACAUGGUGGUAUACAUUGAAAUACUGAUGGUCCUUAGUGUUAUUAUGAUGGUAUUGGUCAUUGUUCAAACCAGACUCUUCUUUUAUUAUGGCGAACAUCAAAUUCCAUGCUUUGUUGGAAAAGCAGUGUCUGACAAAAAUAUCGAAAGAUCACAUUUGGAUGACUCUAAAAACACGCUCUCUGUAGAAACUUCAAAACCAUUGAAAACAAGAACAUGGGCAAGUAGUAUGGCGAUUAUUGAUAAGGUUCUUUUUAUCUUUUUUUCGUGUAUUUUAGGAUCAGUCAGUAUCUAUUAUUUUGAUUUGAUGAUGGCCAAAUCUUAA